UCACCGAAACUCAGUCUAUCGUCGCUUGAGUAAAGCCGAGUAUAUAUAUGUUUACUAUCGUUUUACCACCGUUCAUUGUGACUGACAGUUUGCUCACUUCAAGUGCAGAAUUUUUGUGAUUUGUUAAACAGGAUUAAGCCUAGGAUAGUUCAGAGAAGCUUAAAGUUCGAACAACCCUUCAUCAUAACCGACAACAAUGACAUUAUGAAAUGUGAAAUAAACUGAAGUGUCUCUGGGAAGUUCUAAAUAUGGAAUUGGGACUAGUGUGUUUUGUCUUCCUUCUGGGUUCAGUUUUAGGAGUUCUUGAAGGUCCUAAUAUAUGCACACGGCAAGAGGAAUACACAACAACAGUUAGGGUAUCAGAAAAACAACCGUACCAAGUCAGGGAAUUCACGUGGUGUCUGAAUUUUCCGCCAAGAUGCUCGAAGUAUAAAAUCAAGUUCAAGACUGUAUACAGAGAGCAGACUCUGGUCAAGACCAGACCUGUCGAAGAUUGCUGUAAAGGUUAUGCCAAGGACAGCACCGAAACCCAUUGCAAACCUAUCUGUUCCAGAGAUUGCAUUCAUGGCACUUGUGCAGCCCCUGACAAAUGUGUUUGCGAGACUGGCUAUGGAGGACCUUACUGUGAUAUUUCAUGCCCUAAAGGUCUGUGGGGAAGAGAGUGCCAGAACAGAUGCGAGUGUCAAAACAACUCCACUUGUGAUCCUUUCGACGGCAAAUGCAUCUGCGCAAGGGGAUGGAUAGGAGAAAAGUGCGAAAAGCAAUGCGACAACAAAACUUUUGGAUUAGACUGUCAAGAGGUCUGUCGCUGCACCAAUGGCAACUGUGAUCCUGUGUCAGGGGAAUGCCAUUGUUUCUCUGGAUGGGAAGGACCAUUAUGUGACGACUUCUGUCAAAUCGGCAAACAUGGUCCUGAGUGCAAGUCGAACUGCAACUGUCAGAAUGAAGGUGUAUGUGAUCCAGAAACAGGGGAAUGUUAUUGUAAACCAGGCUGGACAGGCAUAGUUUGUGCCAAUAAAUGCCCUUCAGGUUUCUACGGGGACAAUUGCAAGAAAAUCUGCGAUUGCAACAAUGGUGCCUCAUGCCAUCACAUCACUGGAAAGUGUGAAUGCCUGCCAGGUUUUACUGGUGACAGGUGUCUGGACAUAUGCCCUGAGAACAGUUUUGGAUUCAACUGUACUGAAACCUGCCAAUGCCAAAACGGAGCCAAAUGUUCAAGGUCAGAUGGCGAAUGUACUUGCUCUCCAGGUUUCAAAGGUCGCUUCUGCGAACAAAGAAACUGUUCAGACGGUUUCUGGGGCAGGCACUGCGAAAAGUCCUGCGAAUGCGUCAAGGAAAACACAGAUAUGUGUCAUCCCUGGUCUGGAAAAUGCGAUUGCAAGGCUGGUUGGAACAGUAAAGACUGCUCGAGGCCUUGUCCCCUUCUCACCUUCGGUAAAGGUUGCGAGGGACAGUGUAAAUGCCAAAACAACGGCCAAUGUUCUCCUGUGAAUGGAACUUGUAUAUGUGCACCUGGUUUUACUGGUGAAAACUGCGAGGAGACUUGCCCAGUUGGCAGUUUUGGAGAGGACUGUGCUCAAAAAUGUGAUUGUAAAAAUGAGGCUACCUGUUCAGCCGAAACAGGUCAAUGCAUUUGCACACCAGGAUGGCAAGGACAACAGUGUGACAGGCCUUGCAGCAAUGACUCAUAUGGUACUCAAUGUAGUAAAAAAUGUGUUUGUAAAAAUGGAGCAUCUUGUAACCCCCAGAAUGGGAACUGUACGUGUAGUGCUGGUUUUACCGGAGAGUUCUGUGAGCACCAAUGUCCUUCUAGAUUUUUCGGACAUAACUGUGAACAGAUUUGUCACUGUGAUGAAGAACACAGUUUAGGAUGUGACUCUGUUACUGGAAAAUGCAUGUGCAAACCUAACUGGAAAGGGGUGACCUGCGAAAGUCAGUGUCCUCUAGGAAAAUAUGGAUUGAACUGUGAUCAGGAUUGCAACUGCAAAAACAACAGUUCCUGCGACCCUGAGACUGGUGCCUGUCUUUGUGCAGCUGGCUGGCAAGGGAACGAUUGCGAUCAACCUUGUGAUUAUGGAUAUUAUGGCUUGGGCUGCAAGCAGAAAUGCCCGGAAACAAGCAGUAACAAAACUUGUGAUCACAUCACCGGAGAGUUUGUAUGUCCAGCAGGCUUCAUCGGAUUGACUUGUGAACAUCCGUGUCCUAUUGGUACAUACGGAAAGAAUUGCCAGAAGAAUUGCUCUUGCAGAAAUGGAGGUGAUUGUCAUCAUGUCACAGGAUACUGCCAGUGUCUUCCAGGAUGGAUGGGUGAAAAUUGUACAGUCCCUUGUGAACCUGGCCGAUUUGGCAUGGGUUGCAGCCAACAUUGUAAGUGUCUUAAUGGCGGAGAAUGCAGAAGGAACGAUGGAGUAUGUAGAUGUAAGCCAGGCUGGACUGGAACUCAAUGUACUGAAAUAUGCCCAGAAGGCUACUACGGAGAUCAUUGCAUGACGCCUUGUGAGUGUAAAAACGACAACUUCAUCUGCCAUGCGGCCAAGGGUUGCGUAUGUCGACAUGGCUUUGGUGGUGUCAACUGCGACGAGCCCCUGGUCUUGGGGAGAAUCGUCACAACUCCAAACGAAGGUUUGGGCUAUGGAGGCGUUGUUGCAGGUAUCAGCAUAGCCCUCAUCCUGGUAUCCAUCAUAGUCUUGGUGAUUUUGUAUUACAAGAGACGUGUUGAAAAUCUGAAGACGGAAAUUGCGCAUGUUCAGUACAUUGCUGAUCCACCAGAACGUAAUAACUUCGACAACCCUGUGUAUACCUAUCAAGGUGGUGGUAAAAGAGACAAUGAACAUCUGUUGAAUAACACUAAUUGCAUGAUCCGUAAUAACCUAAAUAGGCCUUCAAACACCUUAUUGGAAAGGGCAAGACUGGCACAGAUGGGAGCCGCUUCCUGUUCUAGUACUGUGGCUUAUAAUGUAGAAGAUGAACUGCGUUCCCUGAAGAACAAAGAUGCAGAUGCAACAAAUCCUAAUAUUUACCAUUCCCUUGAUAAAUUAGAUGACCACGUUUACGAUGAGAUUAAACAGAAAGAUAUGAAAGACAUAGAGCUUGAGUAUGACCAUUUAGACUACACCAGACCUGUCAGUACAAUAAAACCGCACUACCAAAAGAUGCCAAGCCCAUUCGGUUCCAAAGAUCCAAUCAAAGAAGAAGAAAAACCAGAGACUGAUUCCGUUUGAUUCGAUGUAAUCAUGUCUGAAAGAGUUAUUUAAUUUAUUAGUGGUAGUAUUCGAAUGUGUGUUGGAAAUUAUUUUUAUAAAUAAUCGUUUUUAUAAAUUUGUACAAACACUCGGAAAGUAGUCUCGAAAGACUCAAAAUUCUAACAAAUCGCAAUGUGAUAUAGUGUUUCAGAUUUAGGGAAAAUAAUCUAAACCUUCCUGGGUAUAUCGGUUGUCUGUGAAUAUUCAUGUGCUCAAAUCAAGGAUGAUAUCAUAUCCUUAAAAUGUGCAAUUUGGAUAAAAUAAUAGAAAUCUUAUUCUUUAUUAUCAUUAUAAUUUUGAGAGUGAAAUCAAUCGCUUCCAAACUGAUUUGUUCAUUAUUGUAUUUCAAUUAACAAAUAUAUUUGUAAUUUUCAAUAUCGACCAAAAUUGUUAUUUUUAUUCUAAUAGAAUUUUUUGUAUGUGUGGUGUAAAUUGCAAUAUUUAUUGAAGCAAUAAGUAAUCGACAAAACCCUGUGUUAGUCCUAGAUUUUUUGAAUUCUCUUUGUAUACAUUCAAUUAACGUGGUAAAAACGUAUUAAUUUAAGUUACAUUCUUAAGAUUUGAUGCUCCAGUAGUAUUAAUUUUUGAUUGUAUAUAAAACAAAUUUUUAUAUAUGAAAUAUUCUGUGAUAAGUUUGUGUCGAACUGAAUAAAGAAUGAUCAAUCAUA